GCCCGGUUUUGUUGGUGGGGAGGGGGCCGCAGCACAGAGGAAGCCUUCAGGGGGAGGAGGUGCAGAAGAGAGAAGAGGAAAAGCGUUGCUCUGGAUGGGGAUGCUUCCAACCCGGGCCUGAUGCUCCUCUGCUCAAACAAGGACUGUCGGAGAGGCUGCGAGGAUUAAGCAGGAGGCCGGAUGCUGUAAGACUGAGAGGAGGGGGAAGCUUCAAGAGCAUCAUCCAAAAACGAGCAUUUUGUCUCACAGGCGGAGAAAUAACGGGUCCAAAGAUUGACGGUGAUCUUUUCAUUUGAAUAUCCAGACUACACUAUCGAGGUGGACCUAUAACAGCAUCCUGUAAAAACAAAUAUAUAUACUUUAUUUUCCCCCAAAGACGCAUGCUUGGACUGAUCAGUCACUUCCACCAAUGUUACGUAAUAGAAUUGUUUGACUUGGAGUUCAGCAGCUGGGAGUACUGAGUCUCCUCUUCAUAUUUAAGUGGAGGUGGGGGGGUAGGACCACUCGGUCGUUGAGGGUGGACUCCACCGAGAGAAGAAGAUGUCGGGUCAGACACUAACGGACCGCAUCGCCGCGGCCCAAUACGGCUUGACUGGAUCGGAGGUGUCUCGAGCUGUGUGUAAAUCCACCACACAUGAGCAAACAGCCCCAAAGAAAAAACACCUGGAAUACCUGAUCCAGGCCUCUCAGGAUUCCAGUGUGAGCGUCCCUCAGAUGGCCGAUACACUGAUAGAGAGGGCGGGCAAUGCCAGUUGGGUGGUGGUUUUCAAGGCCCUGAUUACUACACACAACCUCAUGGUGCACGGCAAUGAGAAAUUCCUGCAAUUCCUUUCAUCGAGGAAUUCUUUGUUCAACCUUGCCAAUUUUCUGGACAAAACAGGCUCCCAUGGCUAUGACAUGUCCACCUUUAUCAGACGCUACAGCCGUUAUCUCAAUGAGAAGUCCUUUGCCUACAGACAGAUGUCUUUCGAUUUUGUCAGAGUCAAGAAAGGCGCUGAUGGAGCAAUGAGGACCAUGACAGUAGAGAAGUUGCUGAAAGGAAUGCCUAUCCUGCAGGGUCAGAUUGAUGCACUGCUGGAUUUUGAUGUACACCAACCGGAAUUAAACAAUGGAGUAAUAAAUGCCUGCUUUCUUCUACUGUUCAAAGACCUAAUAAAGUUAUAUGCUUGCUACAAUGAUGGCAUCAUCAAUCUACUAGAGAAAUUUUUCCAGAUGAAGAGAAGCCAGUGUAAAGAUGGACUCGAGAUCUACAAGAGAUUUCUGACUCGCAUGACUCGGGUAUCUGAAUUCUUCAAACUUGCAGAGCAAGUGGGAAUAGACAAGAAUGACAUACCUGAACUGACUCAAGCCCCAGAAAGUCUUUUAGAAUCACUUGAAACUCACCUCAACACUUUGGAAGGAAAGAAGCCAGAGGAUAAGUCACCCACCAAGGACACAGUGGCCAAUAACAGCUCAGCAACUACCACCCCAUCUUCUGCACCACCCAAGCCUGCACCGCCUGCUGGCACUGGGGGCCCCCCUGCUCGACCGGGGCCCCCUGCUAAACCUCCACCUCCCUCUAUCACACCCACAGCGGUUACUCCCACCACUACUGCCAGCAGUGCCCUUGAUGAUGGCUUCUUGUUGGAUCUAGAUCCCAUGUCCUCGUCCUCAGCUGGUGGGACUGCACCUCCUUCCACAACAACCGCAUGGGGAGACCUUUUGGCUGACGCCACUCCUGCUGCCACUAACAAUGCUUCUGAAGCUAAACAAGCAAAAAAAGAGCUUGCCCCUGAUGCUGCAGCUGCCUCUACAGUGGCUGCAUCUACAGCUGCUGCUUCCACUGCUGCAGCCAUGCCAGCGCCCAUCUCCCUGCCUGUCACUGCUCCCACCGCUGCUUCAGUUAGAGACAUUGACUUUUUUGGAGAUGCAUUUGCACCUUCCCCAGGAGAUGGCCCUGUCGCUGUGGCUGCGGGUCCUGCUACUGAUGCAUUUGGUGAAUCUGACCCUUUUGCUACGACCGAGGGGAGUGCGGACAUUACUCCAGGGCUGGACCUGUUUGCUAUGCGACCCACUGACACGGGAGCCACUGCCAUCACCCCUCCCACCUCUAAUAUGCUUGAUUCUAUCCCUGAGCAAGGUUCUACCACAGAAUCCAAAGCUGCUACCACACCUAGCGUAGACCUUUUUGGUGCAGACCUCCCUGCUGUUUCACGCGGGCCUUCUCCUUUGCCUGAGCCGGCUCCGACUGGAGACAUUGUCACUGACCCUGGUCCUGAGACUGCCCCUCCUCCUGCCCCUGCUCCUGCGCCUGCUUCAGCUCAGACUCCAACUCCAGCUCCCGUUGUUGUUCCUGCCACUGAGGCCUCCUCUCCAACCAAAGCAGAGCAGACCCCAGUUAUUGACCUGCUGGACUCCUUUGGUGGGUCUGUGAAGGAGACACAGAGCUCCGCUCCUGGGGGACCUGGAGGAGACCUGCUAGGAGACCUCAUGUCCCCCACCUUGGCACCCACCGUCGCCCCGGCCCUGGCCCCAGCCAUGGCUCCAGCUCCAGCACAGAAUUAUCUUCUUGAAUCGGGAUUCGAAACUCUGGGUUCACUUCCCUCUCCGACACCACCUGUGCCAGCUGUACCAAUGGUACCUGCCGCUGCAGAACCUGCAAAAGCCACACCGGCGCCCUCUGGUGGCUUUGAUGCUUCAGGUGACUUGCUGAUGCCCGCCGUUACGCCACAGAGCACCGGGGGAAGCACAACAGGAAGUGCAGCAGGGAGCAUGGGAACUCCCGUCACAGUUGAAAACAUUGCAGCUGCUCCACCUGCCACCCCACCCCUAACAAAAGCCAUUGCAGGGGAUCUUGACUCUUCACUGGCCAACCUGGUUGGAGACCUCGGAAUGAAGAAAAAAGAUCCACAGAGUGAGAGGAAGUUGACUGGAGGAGCCAACUGGACCCCUCAUGUGGCCCCCACAAGCUGGACCACACCAGGUGUCCCCAUGGCUGGAGUGGCUCCUGGCGGACCUGGAGCAGCGGCUCCCAGUGGAGCAAUGGUACCACCGAUGAGUGCACAGCCUGGCUUUGGUAUGCCUGCCGCUGGAGGGCCAGGAGCCCCCAUGAUGCAGCCCAUGAUGGGUCAGCCUAUGAUCGGUCAGUCCAUGAUGAGACCUCCUUUUGCUGGCGUGGUUGGAGCUGCACCUGGAGGACUUGCAGCACCAGGAGCCCCGCUUUCUCCUGGACCUGCAAGCCAGAGUCCCAAAAAGCCUAAAGAUCCUCUGGCAGAGCUCGACCUUAAGGACUUCUUAUAACACAAAUGAAAGACGGAGUCGGAUGCUCCCCUCGUUUACCCGGCGUCUGUCAAGAUCCCAGGAAGCCAGUGGCCCUGCCUUUCUGUCUCUUUUGUCUGCUUCUCGACAUAAUAAGAGCCUCUCUCCUCUCCUCCAUCUUCUUUCUGUUUCCUUCUCCUGUGUGAUGUUGUAGCACCAACUGUGAAAGUGAAACCUAGCGGAGUAUAACCAGUAUACGAAUAUAUAUGAGAAAAGAAUUCCAAGUGCGUGAUCAUUUUAGAUGUUCUCAAGUUUUUUGUCUCAAGCAAAAUCUCACAAAAAAAAUCCUGAAAAUGUUCUUGAGUGAAAGUGAAGGAGUAUGUGAUUAGAUUUAUUGCUUGUGUUGAAUGAUGGUCGUAUUUUGGUGUCCUAAGCUCCACCCAGUCUUGUCCUCUUAAAGGGGCGGAGCCCUUCUUCUUCUGCUCUGAUUGGAUGAGAGUUUAAUUAAGUCCUUGUGGUUUAUGGAGAACUAUGUUGUGUCCUGUGUACAGAAAGGUCCUAAUUUAUAAACAUAGACUCCACUGGUGAAUUUGACAAUUACGUCUAUUAUGUACUGUACGUGUGCUGAAGAGAAAUAUCAAUGUGAAUCUGACAUGACAUUGUGAGGAGUCAUGUGAGUGUUAUUCAGUCAUCAUUUGGAGAAAAAAAAAAUGUGAUAAAUAUAUUGUAUAUUAUGAAACAAAUUGAGUGGGCUUUUGAGACUUUGGAACAUCAACUGACGCUUUGUGUGUCUUUUUAUUUGUGGCUUAUUUUUUGUUACUAUUUUGUCAGAGUAAGGCAAGUCUUACUUCCAAAUCCAAUGUUUAGUGAAAAAGUUAUACAUCAUGGAGAAAAACGUUUUAAAGUGCCCCUCAUUGAAACAAUUCCACUAUUUAAUGUGUGCACAGUAAUGUUUUUUUUUUUUUUUUAAUUAAAUAAAAAUCCUUAUUUGUAGAGACCAAUAAAUUCAAUUGGAGUCAAAUAACAUCUUCCACAAUCGUUUUUUGUUUUGGGAAGUACCAUGGAACAUUUUCUAUUUAAAUCUACCUUUGUGUUUUACAGCCUAAUUACCAAAUCUGUGAGGUAUUUUUAACAGUGCACUGCAAUUUGUUGAAUGCUUUUCUUGGGCAUCAAGAAUUUGUAGUUCCAUUGUAAGACAUCUAAUUGAUCAUGUAUGCAGCGCAGGAACCCAGUCGUUAACGAUUACAUGCUGCGUUGCAUUAGAAAUACAAUGAGGUACCUCCUCAUUUGAGUUGACUUUAAAACGCAAGGUUGUACAAAAGAGUGCUGAUUCAGAUCAAACAUUUUCAUGGAUGGGUUAUAAGCAUUUUUUUUUUGUCUAAUUUAUUUUGUGUAUGAUGUCCCUACCCAUUGCAUGUAAGCCCUUUGAGAUGCAAUAAAUGACUGAUUGAACUCA